UUUAAAUUGAGCUUUGGAAAACUCGGACUUUGGGGAGUAAAAUUCUGGGAAAUAUCUGAAAUCGCUUACCUCCAUAACUUUUUCUGUUAUCCAAAAUCGGGGCGGAGGUUGAUGAUGGCAAUGGCGCUCCAUACUUUCCGACAAUUGCCCACCGUAUCCUCUUUCCAAACACCCACCAGACACAUAUUUUCGAGCACCGAUACUCUGCUUCCGAACCCUUUGUUCCUUCUUCAUCGAUGUCGGCCCAUCGGGAUCGCUGUCUUCCCAGAGCGGCGGCGGAUGAUGUCGGUGUUCCGCGUCGUUGAGGAAAGUCAAGAGAGUUCCGACCCUGAACCUGUGAGUGCCAAUCAAACCCUGCCGGAAUCAGAGGAGAAAAAACCACCAACGUCUCAGCCCGGCCCCGUCGAUAAGAACGUUGAGCUGUCGGAAUUGGCGUCGGAACUGAAGAAGGCAAUCCAGGAGAGGAAGGAGAAGGAAGGGGAAAACCUAUGGAGUGGAGUGGCCGAAGAGAUAAGGGAGAUAGAGUGGCCGGCGUUUGGGAAGGUCUUAGGAACCACCGGUGUUGUGCUCGGCGUCAUCCUGGGGUCGAGUGUCGUUUUGCUGACGGUGAAUGCCAUUUUGGCCGAGCUUUCUGAUCGUGUGUUUGCUGGCAGAGGAGUCCAGGAUUUCUUCAGCUGAACGAGAGAUGGUUGGUUGAUCAUCCAAUUAUGAAGAGGUUCAGUUCAUUCAAAAAUCACAAAAAGGAGUGAAGGAGUAGGAGGAGAAAGAUCACCUGUCGGCUGGAAAUCUCGGUAGCUAUCCCACUGGGCUGAAGUUGAUAUCGUUAAUUGUAUUUGUGAACCUUCAGCGGUUUAGUGAGCCGAGAGGUGAUAAGUCAUGUGAAUCGUUUGUGGAGAGAUUUGGAGCGCCGGCUGUCCCAUCAAACAAGAGUAGAAUAGUUUGUCUUCGAAUAUUUUGAUUGAAUGUGAUUAUAUCCCUUCAAAUGUUCAAGCAGAAAGUAGAGAUCCUGAUAGUAAUUGCUUCCCCCCCCCCCCCCCCGGUCGUAUGCAAACGACUGUACUUGUUUGAAGAUUUCGACUUCCGCAAUCUGAAUUGUUCAACAUCAAGUUUCUGCGAUUUCUUUUGAUGGUACUA